AAUCCGACAGAGAAAUGAAAUAUUAGAAAUUUUUAGCCUUUUCAAUUAUCUUUUUUGAACUUUCCCUUGGAAAUUCGAACAAUGGGUAGCUUUGGUAGAUAACCAGCUUCCAAACAAAAACGAGAGGGAAAAAAAAACAAGAGAGAGAAAAAAGAGAGAGAAAGAAAGGGCUGUGAGUGCAUAUCAUCAUCCCUCGUAACUCCUUCCACCUGCCCUUCUUCCCCUAUAAAUUAGCUCUCUGAAUCUCGGACUUCACUCCCACUUACCCCAAAUUCACAGAGAGAACUUUAGACUGAGAGAUGUUGAUGAGGAGAUCUCUCCAUUGUUCUUCUCUGAGAUGGCCUCUGGUUCGGUAUUUCUCGUGUUCUCCGGAGCCAUAUUCGUUGAACUCUAAGGCGUCGGCCGCAGCUAUUGAGGCAGAAAGGAGUAUUGCAGAGGGACCAAGGAACCAUUGGACCAAAGAAUCUAUCAACGCCAUUUAUGAUUCUCCCAUUCUUGAUUUACUCUUCCAUGGCGCUCAAGUCCAUAGACAUACCCAGAAAUUUAGGGAAGUGCAACAAUGUACUCUUCUUUCUAUCAAGACUGGAGGUUGCAGUGAAGAUUGUUCUUAUUGUCCACAGUCGUCUAGGUACAACACUGGGGUGAAAAGCCAAAGGCUCAUGAGCAAAGAUGAUGUCAUGGAGGCAGCUAGAAAGGCAAAGGAGGCUGGCAGUACAAGAUUUUGUAUGGGUGCCGCAUGGAGAGACACAGUGGGUAGGAAAACAAACUUCAACCAAAUUCUUGACUAUGUCAAGGCUAUAAGGAAAAUGGGUAUGGAGGUGUGUUGCACAUUGGGCAUGCUAGAGAAGCAGCAAGCAGAGGAGCUUAAGAAGGCAGGUCUCACAGCUUACAAUCAUAAUCUUGACACCUCAAGAGAAUAUUAUCCAAAAAUAAUCUCAACAAGAUCCUAUGAUGAUCGGCUGAAAACUCUUGAGUAUGUUCGUGAAGCUGGAAUCAGUGUAUGUUCAGGAGGAAUAAUUGGGCUUGGUGAAGCUGAAGAGGAUCGUGUUGGUCUGCUUCAUACCCUGGCAACCCUUCCUUCUCACCCCGAGAGUGUUCCUAUUAAUGCCUUGCUUGCAGUUAAGGGGACACCACUCCAAGAUCAAAAGCCAGUUGAGAUAUGGGAGAUGAUUCGAAUGAUUGCAACUGCUCGAAUCGUGAUGCCUAAGGCCAUGGUCAGGCUUUCUGCUGGUCGGGUGCGCUUCUCGAUGCCAGAACAAGCCCUUUGCUUCCUUGCUGGCGCAAAUUCCAUCUUCACUGGUGAAAAGUUGCUCACUACCCCUAACAAUGACUAUGAUGCGGACCAACUAAUGUUUAAGAUUCUUGGACUCAUUCCAAAACCCCCCAACUUUGUGGAUGAGAGCGGUUGCCAUGGGUGUCAAGCUCAAGAAGGUGAUCAUGCAGAGGAGAAAUGUGAAGAGGCCGUGGCCAAUUCAAUGUGAGUCUGGUCUUGGUUUUUUAGAAAAUGGUGCUGAUGUAAUAUCUCUCCCUCUCUCUCUCUCUCUCUCUAGGUCUAACUUUAUCAUUGUAUUGGCCAAAUUAAUAUAUUGGCCAAAUUAAUUUGGAAUUUAUAUAUGGCCAUUUUUAAGUAGUCU